UUUUUAGCAAGAGUAGAUGGUGGUUAAAACACGCCCACUGCAGUUAAUUUGUUAAAAUAAUGAUUCAUUAUCUUGUUGAGUCAACUAAUCCCAUGUAAUAAUAUUAACAUCUUAUUCAGUAUGAGAAAAAAUUUUUUUCACCAGAUAUUUUUGAAUAAGUUUUAGUGAAGUGACAGUUCGAUUUCUCAGUUUGAUUAGUGGAGUAAAGUGACAGCGAUAACAUCGACAUCCACUGCUAGAUCCGAGCGAGACGACCGCACCUAUCAUUGUGCUUCGAUUUUGUGUAUAAUCGUUAUGAUAAACAUUUCAUAGAUAUUUUGAUAUAUUUAGUAACAUAUAAACAUGAAAUAUAGUCUAGAUUGCUUUCUCAUAUUGACAUUGUACAUUAGUUGGACAAUAGCUAGGGAAGUACCGUCACCACCAUAUAUCGUGAAGCAACCACCUACUGAUGAAGUAUUGUUUCAAGUUGAAACUAAUGGUGAAAAUGAUAAGCCAUUCUACAUUGAAUGUGAAGCUAUAGGGGAACCUGCUCCAAAAUACCACUGGAUUAAAAAUGGUAAACCAUUUCAAUGGCAAUCUUACGAUGAUAGAAUAUCACAGCAAACAGGACGAGGCACAUUAUCCAUUACCAAGCCAUCUGAUGUAGAUCUAGGUCAGUAUCAGUGCUUUGCAGAAAACCAGUAUGGUAUUGCUACUUCUAAUUCAGUAUACAUGCGCAAAGCAGAGCUCAACUCAUUCAAAGCCACUCAACCAUUGACUGUAACUGGUAACGAAGGUGAACCAUUUAACCUUACUUGCCAACCACCAGAUGGUUGGCCAAAACCGAUAGUUCACUGGAUUUUUUUAUACACUAACGGCGGUUUCAAAACUAUUAAUAGCUCUCGUAUGACACUAGAUCCAGAGGGAAACUUGUGGUUUUCUAAUUUAACAAAGGCUGAUGUUACUGAUACUUUUAUGUAUGCUUGUGCUGCAACUUCACCCACAAAGUAUGAAUAUAAAUAUGGCAACAGAGUAUUGCUCAAUGUAGUCUCUUCUGGAGUCUCAGCCUCACAAAAUAAACAUGAACCUGUUAAGCAAUAUGUUACUAGAAAAAAUGAAGUUGCUUACAGAGGAAAACGUGCUGAGCUAUUCUGUAUAUUUGGGGGAACACCACUACCACAAACGGUUUGGAAAAAAGGUGGAAGAUUGGUGCAGAGUUCAGAUCGAAUAACACAAGGAAAUUAUGGAAAAUCUUUAAUCAUAAAAGUUGUGGAUUUUGAUGAUGAAGGAACAUACACUUGUGAAGUCAGUAAUGGAGUUGGUGAUGCAAAAUCUUAUUCUAUUAAUUUAAAAGUAUUAGCUGUUCCAUAUUUCAAAAUAGAACCAGAGAAGGUUAAUGCUGCUGAAGAUGAAACUGUUGAGUUCAACUGUGUUGCUGGUGGAGUACCAGAACCUCGGAUCAAGUGGAUCCAUAAUGGAAAACCUAUUGAAGAAUCCGUUGCUAAUCCUAGACGGAAAGUAUUCGCCAAUAAAAUUAUAAUUGAAAGACUGCAAAAAAAUGAUACAGGAAAUUAUGGUUGUAAUGCUACUAACAGUUUAGGUUAUGUUUAUAAAGAUGUCUAUGUCAAUGUUUUGGCUUUAUCUCCAGAAAUCAUAGAAGCUCCUAGAGAUACUCAAGCAGUAGAUACUCAGAAUGUUACUUUAACUUGUAAAGUUCUGGGAGCUCCCAAGCCCAAUGUAAAAUGGAUUCAGAAUGGACGAGAACUUACAGGGGGUAAAUUUGCUGUUCAGCCAAAUGGGGACUUGGUUAUUGAUGAUGUUCAGUUUGAUGAUAGAGGUAACUAUACAUGUUAUGCUGAGAACAAGCUUGGAAAUACCACCGCCAGUGCCAGACUAGAUAUAAGAUCUCAUACAUAUAUAACGGAUGGUCCUGAGGAUUAUGAAGUAGAAGCAAGAACUCCAGCCACAUUUAGAUGUAAUGCUGUAGCUGAUGAGUCUCUUAACUUAGAUAUAAUUUGGUUGAAAAAUGACCAACCCAUCGAUUUUGAAGGCGAACCGAGAUUUGUAAAAUCAUCCGAUUAUUCUUUAACAAUAACGAAAACGCACGAAUUAGAUUCUGGUACAUACACAUGUUUAGCAAGAACUGAGCUAGAUGAAGCAUCAGCAAAGGCUCAACUAACUGUUCAGGAUGUUCCAAACACACCACAAAUGCUAGGUGUUGAAUGUCAUAGCAAAGACGCCACUAUAAGCUGGAAUCCUAUGGGUGACAAUCGUGCUCCCAUUUCAUAUUAUAUUUUACAAUAUAAUACCAGUUUUAUUCCAGAAGAAUGGAAAUUUUUCAGCCAGGUUCCUUCUGCUGAUACAACAUAUAAUGUUCCUUUGAAACCAUGGGCCAACUACACUUUUAGAGUUAUAGCUGUCAAUAAAAUUGGUCAGUCAAAACCAUCGAUGCAUUCUGACGUUUGCACAACACCUCCCGAGGUGCCUCACAAAAAUCCGGAAAAUGUGAACGGAGAAGGAGAUAGACCUGAUAAUUUGGUAAUAAGUUGGACCCCAAUGCCCCAAAUAGAACAUGGCGCACCUGGUUUCAAAUAUCGUGUAGGUUACAAAAGAGCUAUCGACGGUGUUAAUUAUGAGUAUGUUGAAAUUAACGAUUACAAACAAAGUAAAUAUGUUGUUCCCAACCAACCUUCCUAUCAGCAAUAUAAGAUAGUAGUCCACGCGGUAAACGAAUUGGGAGAAGCAAAUGUCGCUCCACAAGAAGUAAUUGGUUAUUCUGGAGAAAGUGAACCCGAAAAAGCUCCCACCAAUUUUACAUUAUUGGCUGUUCAAGGACCAACAAUGGCAUUAUUAAGCUGGGAUCCUGUACCUCUCGAAUCUGUGAAGGGUAACUUUCAAGGUUACAAAAUAAAAACUUGGAGUGAUACAUCGAGCAUAACCAAAGAAAUUCAGGUGCAAGGAGGAAGUUCUAAAGCUUUGGUUUCCAAUUUUGAUCCGUAUACCAAAAAUUAUGCUGUAGUAUAUGUAUAUAAUAAAAAAUAUAAUGGACCUCCCAGUGAAACAUUGUCAUUUGAUACCCCAGAAGGAAAGCCAGGUGAAAUGCAAGAUUUGGAGGCAUAUCCUCUAGGAUCAACAGGAUUCAUGCUGAAAUGGGAGAAGCCUGAUAAACCUAAUGGAAUAUUGACUGGUUAUAAUAUUUAUUGGUCUAAAGUUGAUCCUUUCAUGAAAGUUGAUGAACCAAAUCCCAGAAAACCGCAGAUAACUGAUCCGAACAUUAAGCGAGCCAAAUUGGGGAAUCUUUUACCUGAAACGAAAUAUCGGUUGUACAUAGCAGCAACUACAAGAGCUGGAGAAUCAAAGAGAUAUUUUAUUGAAAGGACAACAAAACCUGCUGGUGCAAUAAAACCGUCCAAACCAGACUUUGAUUGGGAAAUCAUUAAGCCUGGUCCACCUGCCACUGUAAGAAUUCACUGGCUGCCUGCUGAAGAUGGAAAAGGCGGUACAAGUUUCUUUGUAAAAUAUCGAAAAUCAGGGGAAGCCAGUUGGGAACAAUCACGUUUAGAAGAAAAUGAAAAUUGGAUAGAUAUUGCUGGUCUAGACGACUCUACUGUUUACGAGUUUGUAGUUACAGCUUUUGACGGCCAAUCUUCAGCACAAAUGACUGACAGUGAUGUUAAAGAAAUUAGCACAAAUGAUGUCGACGGUCCAAUAAUUAGAGCUAAAGAAAAUGUUGCUACAGCUGGUUGGUUCAUAGGAAUGAUGCUGGCCAUUGCUUUCUUACUAUUAGUACUUAUUAUUGUUUGUAUAAUAAAAAGAAACCGUGGAGGCAAGUAUGCAGUUCAUGAAAGAGAGCAAGCUAAUGGAAGACAUGAUUAUCCAGAUGAAGGAGGAUUCCAUGAGUAUUCACAACCAUUAGACAACAAAUCUCAUGGCCGCGCUUCAAUGAGUAGUGAUCCUAAAGUAGGUCCAGAAAGUGAUACAGAUUCUAUGGCUGAGUAUGGAGAUGGUGACACGGGUCGCUUCACAGAGGACGGGUCCUUCAUCGGGCAAUAUGUGCCUAGUAACAUGAAGCAGUUAGGUCUUUCUGCGGCCAUGCAGGGAACAAACAAUAAUGCAAUGGGCACUUAUGUUUAGAUAAUAUCGUGAUUGUGGAAUAGCUUUAUGUGUCGUAUCUCAAAUGAAAUUUUCUUGAUUAUCCAAUGAAUGCCAAUAGAAUGUGUUCUUUUCGCAAAGACCGUGAUUGUUUUACAUUCAUUUCGUCCAUAUCAAUAAUUUCUAGUUAUCAUAAUCAAAAUAACUAAAUAAUAAUGUAGUAGUGUAAGAGAAUUUUUGUUAAAUAAUUAAUGAAUCGAAGACACUUUUGUAGUGUUGCGUAGAAACUGAUUUAUUUUUAAAUUUUGUAUUUUUGCUCAGCUCUCUGUAGCAACAUUAAGUACUCAAUCGAAUCUCAUUAUAUUGGUGCAAAUUCUUCUCUAUAUUACUCAAAAAUGCGUUUAUAUUUAAAAAUUUUUCAUUGAAAUCUUCUCUUGGUACAAUCUGAUCAAGAUAAUAUAAUUGAAGAUAAUCAUAUUAUAAUCAAUAAUAAUCCAUAACAUCAUAUUUUAAUGCCUAUUCGGAUUUUAUCGAGCCAAGUUUGAUAAUUAUCUCCUUUUUUGAAGUUAUUACCAUUUAAAGUGUUGAUAAGAAGAAGAAGAAAUUCUUUUUUUAAUCAUUUACUGACACUGCCUUAUUUAUCAAAUUUAUUUAGAGGUUAACUGUUUUCGAAAUUUUAUUAACUGACUAGAUUUUUUAUUUAAAGUGAGAACAAUUGAGUUUUAGAGCAAUUCACUCCGUGAACUUACUACACAAGAGUACAGAGCUCUUUUAAAUAUUUAGUACUCUUAUAAAACAGAUAAAUAGUUGAUGGUUUAUAAUAAAAGCUAGAAUGAAUUGCUCAAAGACAUAUUGUUGAAAAAUUGCCAUUUAUUGGACGUGAUUUAUCUCACUUUUUUCAGUUAAUCUUGACUCUUCAUCAGGGUAUUUUUAAAUAAAAUGUUUCUGUAGAAACAGUUUAACACACCAUAGCCCAUCUUGUUUUUGUUUUCAAAUUCUAAUUAUUCAAGACAGUUUAGAAGUAAAGUAAAGCUGAUUAAGCAAUAUUUAAUGCGAUUCUGAUACCGGAAAGAAAGUACACUAAAUACUCACAUUUUUCAAAUUUCAAACAAAAAUAUUAUAUUCUCUUGGUUUCCUUUCAAAAACGAUUUUAUUAAUCAAAUUUGAGAAAGAAGUAUGAAUUUGAUUGUUCCUAUCUUUACUUUAUGGAAAGUACCCCCUCACUCUGACUUUGUUGUAAACUGGUUUUUAUAGAAUAAAUAUUCGUUAUAAUUACUAGUUCAAUAAAGAAAUCAGUUUCGUUAUGUCUAAAUAAACUUCUUGUUGAUUUGCUCUGGUUAAUUUGGCUGUACUUGUACUUCUUAACUGUUAUUUAAUUGUAACUAACUUUAAGUAUUGUUUUUUAAUAUUUAAUAAUUUUAGUACAGGAUAAUAUUUCACAAAAUAAAAUAUAUUCUUCCAAACUUUCUAUUUGGAAUAAGCUUGAUGCUUCCUGCUCUUCUAACCUACACUUUUUUGCUAUUUUCUGAUAUAUUAUCUGAACUGUACGCUGGUACAUUUCUCAACAGGGUUUUUGAUUAUUGUUAGGCUGAUCUGACAUUUGUUAAGACGAGCAAUUUAUUCGUAUGGUGUGUGUUUUAACUGGUGAAUUCGUGCUUAGUGUUAUGACUAAAUAAUUACAGUGGCGAUAUUAAAUAUGUAUUUUACAUUAUAAUCGAAUAUAUAUAUAUAUAUAUAUAUAUAUAUAUAUAUAUAUAUAUAUAUAUAUAUGCAUCUAAAUGUUCUUGAUUUUAGGUCUCUUCUGUUUUAAAAUUAGUUUUUUCAAUAAUUUUUGGGCGAUAAAAUUUGACGUUGCAACAUAUCUUUGUCUUUAUCAUAUUGACACUGAUAAUUUGCGUAUUUAUAUUAAACAAUUGUCAGUGUCAAUAUCAUAUUUUGAUAAAGACUUAAGGAAAUGUCGAAACGUCAAAUUUUAUUAUAUAUAAUCAAGAAUAUUUAGAAACAUAAAUGUAUAUAUAUUUAUAUGAAUUGUUAAGAAGUCUUUGCCAGCUAUAUUAUGAGCGGUUUUUUAUUGGGAACGUGGCAAGGAAACACCAAAGUGGACUAACUUCAAUAUAUUUUCCGAACUUGAAUGUUUGGUAUUUUAUUGUCACAACCUGACAACAAUCACAUUUAUCAUCAAGUUGGCAACGACUCUUCUCAAAACAUUCAGUUCAAAGUUGAAAGACAUGAUAACUGCUGAUGUAAUUAAUUGAGUUGUAGAACUAGAUUCUCCAGUAGUUUGGUGUAUAUUUCUUGAAAUAUUUAGCAAAAGUCUGAUUAGUCCUUAUUGAAGAUCCUGUACAUAUAUAAAUAUAUAUCAUAAUAUGUAAGUAUGUAUGUGAGAAUGGGGAAGUUGACUAAAGAUUUAUUAAUCUUGACUAUUUUGCCAAUGCCUUAUGGCAGUCUCUGCUAUCAAUUUUAACUAUUCUAGCUUUACAUUUCAUAAUAAAAUAGAUUCUAGAAAUAAAAGUAUAAUCUAAGGAACUCCUGGUUUGUGAACUAAAUGUCUUUCAGAUCAACUUGAAGAAUAAUUUAUGGUAUGCAGUGGCAGCUGUAUCUCUGCUAUAAUGGCAGCCUAAUUCCCAAUACUGGCCAGUAUUAUUGAGCUUUCGUAUUAACUUUUAUAUAAUAUUGUCUUAGAGCACAUGAGUGAAAAUUUUUAUAGCAAUAAGUAACUAGUAUGCAGCUAAACUCAUGUACUAAUUAUUAUACCAAAGUGUUCCUUUCGAAUUAACUUAUUUUGAUUCAAAUAAGUUUUCAGUUCAUUGCUAUUUUUUUACUUAAAAUAUCAUUUUUGAGACUGAAUUUUAUAAAGUAAUGAUUUGUGGAGCUAGAAUUGGCAAUAAUAGAUCUAUAAGGAGUAUAGUAAAAUAAUUUGUCUUUAUUUCAAAUAAUUCAAUUGUUUUAUUCUUUUGUUAUUGAUAAAAUGUCAAUUACAAACAAAAUUCGUAAGAUAUGGUUGUGAAUAUGAACUUUUAGAACUCGAUUUUGAAUAUUUUGAAAUGAGACAAAUUGUACCAGUUGUGUCACUGUGCACUGAAAAUUGCAAAAAAAAUUUCCACACUUCUAUUAAUAAAUAGCUAAAUUACUAUUUGGAACAAGUAAAAAUACAAAAAUGUCAAAAGAAAUAUUAAUAAUUUUAUUUGGAUGUGUGACAGAUUUAAUAAUUAUGCGUGUCAAAACAAGUUUUUGAACAAUUGACACAUCGUAAAUUAGUAUCGUCUAUAAAAUAUACCGAAAACCUUACUAUUUUAAAAACUGUGUGGACAAUGCUUACACUUAAUUCACAUUGAAUCAAUGUUACCUCCCAUGUCUUGCCCUGUUUUUAUAGACAAUUUUUACAGGCUGUUACUUUUUAUUUUCAGAAAUUGUUAGUUAUUUUCAUUCAGAUUUCGUAAAAAAAAUAUUGUUUGUCUUAUUUACCAUUUACCAGUUUCCCUUUCUUAAAGUGGUAAAUUUUAUUCUCGAAAUCAAUCUUUGAAACUCGAAUUCAACUCUCCACCAAAGAUUACUGCAAUAUCUCUACUGUCAUUUUAUCUUAAUACUAUAGUGUACUAGUGUUGCAAUUGGUCGUUUGAAUGUGCAGACUAACAGAAAGGCGGUGCUAAAAAUGUUGUUAUUAUUUCGGUAGCAUAUUUAUUGCUGUUAUGUUUAACAUCCUAUGUCACAAACGUAACUUGGUGCACAAAGCAAAUGCAGUCAUAUAUAUUUCACUAUAACAUAUUUAGAUUUUCUAUACUCUUUACAUGUUUGGUAAUGGAACUUUUAUUCUAAGGCAUUCCCACAGUGAAGUGCUUUUCAUGAGAAUUAUAAUGUCUCUCAUUGAUGCUUGAUACAUUCCAUUUAGGUACUUUCUUCUCAUUGUUUUCUAUAAUCUAGCCAUCCAAAUUGAUUAUGCAUCUUGAUUUUUUGGUGUACAGAAUAUUUCCUGAGGAUUUAGUUUAUAGAAUUCAGUUUACUUUUACUCUAGGUAUGGGGUACUAUUACCAAAACAAAUAUUUAGCCAAAGUGCUUAUAUUCCAGUGAUUGUCUAAUGCGUUUCCAACUUGAUGCACAUAAGAUUACGUUUGCUAUAUGCCGGAUGAUAAGAGCUUUCGUAAGAAUGAUUUAACUUGGGCCAACUUUACUGGUUAAUUUUUAUUUUAAAUUCUUAUAUUCUUAGAACUGCUUUCCGUAUGUGUGAGGUAUAAGGAAAUAUUUUCUAAGCACUAUAUACGAUUUUUUAUAUGUAUGUAUUUGCGAAAUUGCAGAACUAUUGCUUUGCACUAUUGUUGGUUAGGUAAUAUAUUUUAAUAUAUUUGAAAUUAUUACUAUAUAUUAUUAUAACUGCGUUACUAGUUAUUUGCGAAAAUUAAUUAUAUUUUUUGUACAAAUAAAGUUACUAGAACUGUAUCAAACAGCUGAAAGUUGUAUGUAUGUAUAUAUAUAUAGCGUGUUUCUAAAGGUCUCUAAAAUUUAUCCUGGAUUUUGAUAUAAAAUAUAGUAUCAAUUGGUUUUUAUUAAAUAAAAUACUCAGAGUGGAAUAUUGGUGCGUAGAGAAUGACCUAAAUAAUUGAAUCAAUAUUCGGUUGGUACUUUUAGUCAUUUUGUAAAUUGUAAUUUGAAAACUAAAUGAAGAAAGUUGAAUAUCCGUGAAAGUUAAUUAAAAAUGUUGUAAAAUUGAUUAUCUCUCUAUAACAAAAAAUGAUACUAUGAUAUCUAUGUCCCCAUCUCUUUCUUUCUCUAAAUACUUUUUCACUACUUGUUUUUCUAGUCAAAAGACCCAUUUAUAUGAAAAAAUCCACCCUCAUUAGAAAAUACGAAGUUGUAAUCUGGCCUUAAUGUGUGGGUAAGGGAAAAUAUAUUUUUAUAGAUUAAAUAAAGACUUUUGGAAACACAUCUGUAUAUUGUAAUUAUAUUUUUUUAUUUUUUUUUGCUUUAUAGUAUAACAUUUAGGAUUUUUGUUUACCAAGGUAUAAAGUAUAGUGAUUUAGGAAACUUUUUUUCUCACCAUAUUAAUGUAUAUGGUUAAUGUUUAGUUGUAGAUUUUUUAUACAAAAACUUAUUUAAAAAGUAAUGAAAUUGUCAUAUUUUUUGCACAAUAAAAUAUUAUUAUUAAA